CGCUGAUUGGCUGAGCUUACGGGUUGUAGAGUCCGGCAAAGUGUCGAACUGGGGACUGAAGUGAAGAGGAAGUACUUUUUAAAAUGGAAAUCUGGCAAAUCAUAGUUUAACUUUCUUCAGCCGAACGGAGGGAGAAGCUAUGCCUGCCCAACCCCCUGUGAGGGAGCCAGAGGAGGAGAUGGAGGCAGAAGGAGAGUCACAGCUCCCUGAGGCCAAUGGAGAGGUGGAGGAACCGAGAGAGGAUGGAGGAAGAGGAGGUGGAGGUGGCGAGGAGACCAUGGAGGAGAGCGUGGAAGAGAGGGAGAGUGACUUAGAAGAGAGUGAAGAGGAAGAAGAAGAGGAGGAGGAGGAAGAGGAGAGUUCAGAGAUGGACGAUGAGGACUGUGAGCGGAGGAGAGGGGAAUGUCUAGAUGAGAUGUUGGAUCUGGAAAAACAAUUUCAGGAGCUCAAAGAAAAGUUGUUUCGGGAGCGGCUGAACCAGGUGAAAGUGAAGCUGGACGAGGUGUUGACAGGGAAGGCUGGAGAAUACAGAGAACCACUGGCUGCGCUACAGAACAGCAUGCAGAUACGAACACAAGUGGCCGGAGUGUACAGAGAGUUGUGUCUGCAGGUGAUCAAACACAAGCAUGAGUGUGAAGUACAAGGAGCACGGCAGCACCUGGAGAGUGAGAAGACGUUGCUGUUUGACGCCAUGAAGACGGAGCUGCUGGAAAAGAUAAGGAGACUGGAGGAGGACAGACAGAAUAUAGAUCUCACCUCAGAGUGGAGCGAUGAGAUGAGGAGCAAGAAGUGUAAAAGAAAGAACCCGCUGGGUCGGUCGGAGAGAAAAAAGAAAGUAGCUCUGGUUUCAGGACCUUUCAUUGUCUACAUGUUGAGAGACAUCGACAUACUUGAAGACUGGACAGCUAUAAAGAAAGCAAAAGCUGCACUGUCGCCACUAAAAAAGAAAGCUGAAAUUUGUCUUUCAGAGCGGUGAUGAUCGGCGGGUCCCAGUGACAACCAAACCAAACCGAACACACACACACACACACAUUCCCAACUACUUCCUCUAACACUUACAGUUUUGUGUCCUCGACUAAAGCAGCCCAGCAGACUGAUCUUUUUUUUUUUUUUCUGCACCUUUAACCCCAGCAACCACCCCGCCGCCCCCCUACUGCUUGUUUGUUAUCUAUUGCUAUUUAAAAUAAGUUCUUAAUAUGACAACCAUGUAUUUAUAGAAUGAUUUAUAAUGGUGAUUAAAAUUUGAAUGUUUUGUGACACAAGGUUUGUGCGUGUGCCUCUGCUUCGCUUGUGAUGUGUGUUUUAAUCUUUAGGUAACCUGUAACCUUUUCCAAAACAAUAUUAAGAUUCUUGAAGGAAGUGUUAAUGAAAUUAGUAAAAAAUUAAUUCUUGAGAGUUUUACAAGGAAAAGAAGAAGAAAGUUUUACAUUUUGAGAAAAAUAAAACCCAUACUAUUUCAAGAACAGUGAGAAAAUGUUAUGUCCAAACAUUGUCCUUGCAUCUUUAUGAGCCGUCCAUUCUGAACCACCAGCUGCUAAAGAAGGAACAGAGACCUGGAACAUAAUCAGGAUUUUAGAAAUAAUAAUAUCAUGAGUCUAAACUCCCCCACCACAACAAUUCUCAAGGCACUAAGAUGUUUGAGGACAGACACCAACAAAAAGUCUGUAAAGGUCUGUUUUCAGCUUAAAAGCCGUGACAAACCCUUUGUAUUCUACCUGCUCAUUAAGACUGUAAAGUUAACGGCUAGCCGGCGAACAUACUGAAGCAUUUAGCAACUAAACAGUCGGAUAUUUCCCUCAGGGGUUGUUGGAGACCUAAACAGAGCUACAAACAACUCCAAAUGAAGGUCGAUGUGGAUCCUCCAGCUGGAUGUAUAAAUAGGAAACUGUGAAGAAAAAAAAUAGCAAGUGAAAGAAAAUGUAGUAGUGUGGAUGUAGCCUCUAAGAAACCCACAUGGCACUUGUAUGAAGCAGGGAGUCUAAAGCUCCUGAUCUGUGCUGAUUUGUGGCUCUUCACUC